AUGCGGCUGCGCGAGCAGGCCGCCGCGUCGGACCGCCUGCAGCAGCGGCUGCUGGCGGCGGAGCAGCGGGCGGAGGAGCUCGCCGGGCGCCUCGCGAUGGCGGACGCGGCGGCGUCGGCAGCGGCGCACGGGGAGGGCAGCGCCGGGGCCGCCGCCGAGGAGGCGGCGCGGCGGGCGGCGGUGCUUGAAGGAACGGUCGAGCAGCUGCAAAGGGAGUUGCAGGUGGAGCGGGCGCGCGCGGAAGAAGCUUCCACCCAGCUGCAGGAGGCGCGCGUCGCGGCCGCCACGCUCCUGCAGGAGUCGCAGGCCGCCGCAGACCUGCAGCAGCAGCUGGAGGAGCUGCGGCAUGCGCUGGCGCAGGAGCAGCGACUUGCGCAUGCAGCCGCUGCGGAAGUUGAGCAGGCGCGGGCCGCGGCCGAUGCGCUACGCGCAGAGAAUGAGGCCGACACCGAGCGGCUGGCCGCAGUGCUGCGCGAGGCGCAGAUGGCGGAGCAGCAGCUCGCGGAACAGGCCGCCGUUGUGGAGGAGCUGCAGCAGCGGGUGUCUGCAGCGGAGCAGCGGGCGUCUGACCUGGCAGGCCGUUCGGAAGCUGCCGAUGCCGCUUUGGCCGCCGCCGCAGACGAGCAGCGCGGCGCGCGCGCGGCGGCGGAGGACGCGGCGCGCCGCGCGGAGCAGCUGCAGCAGCGGGUGGACGAGUUGGAACGGGCCUUGGCCGACCAGCGCGCGCGCGCGGACGAGGCGGCUUUGCUGGCAGGGCAGGCCGAGGGCGCAGCGGACCUGGAGCAAGCGCUGCAGGCCGAGCGCGCGCGCGCGGACGCGGCCGGCGCGCAGCUGGAGCAGGCGCAGGCUGCCGCGGCGGCCGCCGCCGCGCAGGCGGCGUCGCGGAUGGAGGUGGCAAAGUCCAAAUUCAUGGCGAUGAAGGCCAAAGCGGAGAAGCUGCAGCAGGCGCUGGAGCAGGCCGAGCAGCAGGCAGAGGGCGAGCGGCGGCGCGCCGAGUCGCUGGGGGCGCAGCUGCGCGAGCAGGAGGCCGCCGCGGCGGCCGAGGCGUCGCAGGAGGCGCGGCGGGCGGAGGCGGCGGCCGCAGACGCGGAGGAUGCGCGCAGGCAGGCGGGGCGGCUGCAGCAGGCGAUGGAAGCCGAGCGGGCGCGCGCGGACGAGGAGGCCGCGCGCGCGGACGCGGUCGCUGCGCAGCUGUCGCAGCAGCGAGAGGCGGCGGCCGGCGCCGCGGCGCAGGCGGCCGCGGCUGUGGAGCGGCUGGGCCGAGAGCUAGCGGCGGCGCAGGAGGAGCAGGCGCAGCUGCGGGCGGCUGCCGCCGAAGCAGAGCGCUUGGGGCGCGAGGUGGAAGCGCUCAGGGCGGACGUGGCGGCGGCGCGCGAGGCCGCGGCGCACGCCGAGACGCAGCACCAGCAGGCAGCGGCCUCUGCCGGCGCGAGUGAGGGGCUGCAAGCCGAGCUGGACGCGGCGCUGCAGCAGCUGGCCGACGCGCGCGCGGCCGCGGCGCUCGCGGCGCGCGAGAGAGAGGCGGCCGCGGAGGGGGAGCGCGCGGCGCGGCAGGCGCUGGCCGAGGCGCGGGCGGCGGCGGGAAGGGUCGAGCGGGAGGCGGCCGAGCGGAACAGGCGCUUCUUGGCGCUGCAGCGGAGCAAUAAGGCGACUGAGGAGCAGCUGCGGUCCCAGUUGGCUGAGGUCACGGGCCAGCUGGAGGGUUACGAGGCUGACGUUGCCGCUGCGUCCCAAAAAGCACUCGACGCCACCGCUGCUGCCGAGGUCGCGCGCCAGGAGGCGGCCGGCCUGGGUCGCCAGGUGUCGGAGCUGCAGGCGGCGGUCGCGCUGCUGGAGGGCCAGCUUUCCGCACAGGUCGAGGCUGCCGUCUCGGCGGCGGCGCGCGCCGAGACGCUCGAGUCCCAGCUCGCAUCCGAGCGCGCCAGCGCCGGCGCCGCCGCGCGCGACGAGGGCGCCCGCAGGGAGGAUGUGCGCCGCAUGGUCGCCGCGGCGGUCGCCGCGCGGGAGGAGGCGGCGGCGCGCGCCGUGGAGGAGGCGGCGCGGCGCGCUGCGGACGCGGAGGCGGCGGCGCGGGAGGCGCAGGGGCGCGCCGCCGCGGCGGAGCGCGUGAAGAUCGAGCUCACAAUGGCGCUGGCCGAGGCCGCGGAGGCGCGCACGCGCGAUGUGGACACGCACGCGUCUGCAGCCGCACCUCAGGAGCAGCAAGAGCAGCAGAAAGAGCAGCAGCGCUCCCCGCGGGCGGCGGCAGCGGCGGUUGCGGGAGGGGAGGGGGAGCCCGACGAGGAGGCGGCGCGGCUGGAGGCGCUGCUGCGUCGCGCGGAGGAGGCUGAGCUCGCAGCGGCGGUGCAGACGCGCCGCGCGGCGGCCGCGGAGGGCGAGCUGCAGGCGGUGCGCGCGCAGCUGGCGGACGCGCAGCGGCAGGUUAAGGAGCUGUCCUGGCAGAUCCAGAUGGCAUUCGGGCCCUCCACCAUCGGCGGCGCGGGCGGCGGCGGCGGAGCGGGCGGCAGCGGCGGCGCGGGCGCUGGGCGCGCCGGUGGCUGGCUGAGCGAGAUGAUCGGCCUCAACGCGUGCGGGGCGAAUUUCGUGCGCAAGCCCGAGCACGCGCCGCGCCGGCAGUAG